GGAGUGAAAUUGAUGUCCGUUUAUCGUAAAAGCGUACGAAGCGAGUCGAAGAAGAAGUUUAAUUGUCGGACCGGAAAAAGUGCUGAAUUCUGGGCCGGUGCUUCCGCGUGACACGAUCUCCGUGGAUCAACUGGAGUGAAAGUCGCUUUAUGCUGCGGGAUUCGUUGACUUCUGACUUUGGACGAUCCAUCUAGAAGAAGUGCGUGUAAUGAGCAGCAAUAACUACACGAAAGAAGAAGGAAGUGAUCGUUACUCGUAAGUCCAAGCCGACGAGAUAAUCAACUCUGAUCUGUUGCUGGAUACUGGAACGACAACUGUAGACCGCGCCGCGCCAAACACGGACGUCACGAAGAACCUAACCUCCAAAAGUCGUGCGUCGCCGUAUGAAAGUGAACUUCCCCUGCUCAGCUGUACAACGGUUUUCCGGCCAAAGUUUGGCAGAGUAGCGCGCGCGGAAAAUGCAAAUGAUGCCUGCGGUAAAGCCGAAUUCCAGCGCAACAAUUGACAAACAAGAGUAGGAAAAGUGAGGUUAGGGAAGCUGCUCGACAUAACCUCGACGAGCUUGGAGAAAGAUGGGAAUCGCCGCCCCAGGAUGAAUAAAGUCAACUAACGCGAUGUAAAUGAGAUGUAAAAGGAGGAGCAAAAAAAAAUGUUGUUUAGUGAGGUGUGUUUGCUAGAGGAAAUUAAGAAAGGAAUAAAAUGAAGUGAAAUGGAAUUGCGGGUCACCAAAGAGCCGAAAACACAACGGACAGCACCAUCUGAAUGUGAUUUAGAGAAACAAUCACGAGAAGAAAACAACGUGAAAAAUCGAGCAGAGUAGCACAGUGUCUGUAGCCCAGGAGGAAGAAGAAGACGCCACUGCGGUCAAAGGUCGCCCAAGGUAGAAGAAGGAGUUGUGGAAGGUCCAGCUUGGUGGGACCGCCAGGAUACACGUCCGGGGACAAAACAUGCAAAAUGAAUACAACAUGUGCAUGACCAUUCUGCUGCUGAUCGUAGGGUUCGUCCGAGCGGAACACUUGUUAUUCUCAGAUUGCGGAAUCCGUACCUCUCGCAGACAACCCCGAAGCAGCAGCAGCGCCAACAACGCCAACAGUAACGAGGACAGCUGGUCAGGGUUCUACAAUACCAACCAUCACCACAGCGGUUCAACAACUUCCACCGAAUCGGACGGUCCUGCCGCAAUGGCAGACACCGACCCGGAUGGACCCAACCGAAACCCAAAGAUCAUGCACGGCGUCCCCACCCUCGAAGGCCAAUACCCGUGGCAGGUUUCGCUGGAGCUGAUGCAUCCCUCGUACGGCUUCAUCGGCCACUGGUGCGGUGGAGUCCUGAUAGACCGGAACUGGGUCCUGUCGGCGGCGCACUGCGUUCACAAUGAACUUUUCAACCUGCCACUGCCGGCACUGUGGACCGUGGUGCUGGGCGAGUACGACCGGGGCCGGGAGUCUGGCUACGAGCAGCGCAUCCCGGUGGACAAGAUUAUCCUCCACGAAAAGUACCACAACUUUAAGCACGACCUUGUGCUCCUGAAGCUGAAUCGCCCGGCCAACAUCGCGCCCAACUCCCGGGUUAAGAAGAUCUGCCUUCCGUUUGCCGACAUCAAGGUCAACAGCGUCCCGUUUGAUCCCCGGCCCGAGUUGGACCGCCUGCACCAACAGACCAAAACCAGCCAGUUGUUCUACUUUGACUAUCUGGGCCGACCCCCGGACAAGGGCGGCGGGCGCCCAGUAGAAGAGGACGGUCCCACCAAGGAGGACGUGGUUGACGAAGAGUCUGAACUGAACGCCGAGGACGCCUCCACAGACUUCCCGGAUGCGCUUCCGGACCGCGAGGACAACUACCUGCGGCGGCUGAGGCUGCUUGGUGAAUCCGGCGCCCCGGAGUACCGACGCCCACGAACGGCCCGCGUCGUGGUAAAUCAGCUGGUCCGGAAACGGUUGCAACAGUCGCCGUCGUCAGAACUGGUUGGGAAUGCCACCCGGGCCAGAUCCGAAAGUGCUUCGAGAAGGUCCUUCCGACGGGGGCGACGACUGUACCAAACGGCAGAUUUCGACGACGACGACGACGAUGACGACGAGGACAAUGGCUGGGGAACGCGACACGGUGGCAAGCGGCGCCGAAACGAUAAAUUUGCCCACGGGGGCUUCUAUCGGAACGAGCACUACCGGAACGAGUUCGGGGAGGACGUUGGCGGGGGUGCGAGCGAUGCCGAACCCAUCAGUGCCAUCCCCGAUACGUCCCAGUACGUGGACUGCCUGGCAACAGGUUGGGGCAAGUCGACAAUCGAUGAUGAAUUAACAGACAUCCUGCUGCAGACGAAAGCCCCCAUUCAGAACAGUAAAAAAUGUGAGGAAGCGUACGGGGAUUUCAUCAAGCUGCACCGUGGCCACCUCUGCGCGGGAAACCUGGACGGAACCGGGCGACUCCGGUGGACCGCUGCAGUGCCGCAUCACCAAACACGGGCCGUGGAUUCUGGUCGGCAUCACCUCGUUCGGUUCCGGCUGUGCCUUCAAGAACUACCCGGACGUGUACACCAAGAUCUCGUUCUACCGCCAGUGGAUCGUGGACACCAUCCAGGGCAACUGAGGGGGGAACACACGGCCAAGCCACAAAUACUACCGAGAGUUACCAGCUAUAGCAGCAGCACACAUACAUAUGCACCUUCGAAAGACAAACAUUGUGAUAUUACUUUUUAGCUCGAGGGGAGAGACAUUACUUUUGAGGAUUGCCAUGGUUGCGUGAAAGUAAUAGACUUAAAAAUUUCAAACAGAAAGCGAGCGAUCUACCAUAUAAAGCUCAAUGAAAAUAGUAAUAAGCAGUCCUUAACUCUCAAAAGACUCCUAUAAAGAUGAAAAAAGGACUGAAUGAGCUAUCAUAAUACUAUAAGUAAACUUCAAACGUUUGGCUGGCUAUCAACCGAACAGUGGAUACAAGUGCCGUGGCGUAUUAAUAUCUUAUAAACCUUGAAAAGUCCACUUUCACACUAAAAUGAAGUACAAAUUUAUUUUCACCGCAAAAAGUAAGGCAAAAUGACAUCAAUCGUUAUCAAUCAAAUAAUCUGCAAAAAAAACAUUUUGAAAAAAAAAUAUAAAAAAAAGCAUCCAAGGGUUAACAAUUCGACCAAAAAGCAGCUUGACCAGCCAAUCUGCUCCCCAAUAAUCCCAGAGGGAAAAGUGACCCACCCUCUUACAACAACCACACAAUCCCACCAACGCUGCACACCACCCACUUGUUAUGUUUCAAUUGUUUCACCCAGCACUUUUAUCCUUUCCCUUUUUUUUGCUCCAGUUAUUACUGUUUGUUAAACUGUUCCUAUACGUGUACAUAGUUUUUACUCUGUUUAUCUUUAUUGCGUUUUCACGGCCGCCAGGCUGUAAAACUCCGUUUUCGGGUGCAUUUGUUGGACUUUUUUUUCACCCAUCCAAAGCCCCCUCCCUCGGGAGGCAAUGAGUCCUUAAAAGCUGCUCCUCCCCACGGAGCUGCGCGCAAAAAGUGUUUAAUAACCACCGAUCCGGCUUUUUCGGUGAAUAACUUUUAAGGAUUUUAAUGUUUAACGUUGUUACGCUUUUUUGUUGCUUGCUACGUUGCAAUUGUUACCGUUGAUAUUGUUUAUGUUGUACCUAUUUUGUUCUUGUUGUUGAUAUUCGCCGAAAUCGCUUCGCAGAACUCAAUCCAUAGAUUAAAACAAUAAAAAAUAAAUAACAACAAUUCAGCCAAAAUCCAGCUGCGUGAGGCAGCGAGUUGAAAGCGAUUUCGAUACUAUUGGAGGAUUUGCACAGAUUAUUUAUUUCCGU